ACUGCUCAUUCCAUUCUUGACAACGCACAAGCAAGCGUCUGUUCCGGCUAAAAAUAUGCUCGAACGGCCCUGUUCCGGUUUCCGAAUUCGACUUAAUAUCACGAAUCUCAAUUAACUAGUUCUUCCGGUUUCCAUUCAUUUCUCGUACAUGGCAUUGCUCUACUUUCUGCAACUUCUGCAAAAGUUACGUUCCCAUUUCGGUUGUUACAUAUGCUUUUAAGCAUUCCUCAAUCAAAAAAUUAAAUUUCAAAAGAUAAGGCAAAUGUAUAAGUCCGCAUACAUUUCCGACUGUUGCAGCAGGCAGCCAGCACAGACUAUUGAGGAGCAAGCAAAGAAGACAUGCCACAAGCGGCAAUGGUGCUACAAAGAUGAUUGAGGCGUUUGCAAAUCACCUGAGCAGUCAUCUGGGACGUCAUCUCUUUUACUGGGCCAUCGAUACCACAGGGUCAGCUAGAAUUGGCAGCGGCAACUACGGCCUCAACCUGCGUCUCUCCGAGCUGAUUAACAAAUUCCACGGCCCCCUCGAAAGGGGCGUGCAGGUGCUGGACCAUUUGCUGACACUCGAGGAGGAAGACUUUGCGGGCCAUUGGGGCAGCGCCUAUGCCCACAAUUACGAACCAGAGUACGCUGCGCGUGUCCUCGAAAACGAAGAACUUCCGCCUCCCGAACAGCCGCAGCAUCAACAGGUGCUACGUCACGGCUAUCGCAACACGGAGACGCUCAAUAAUGGCAACGGCUUGCUGCACUCCCCGCCGCACAACCUCCAGCAACAGCAGCAACAACAACAACGUGGCUUGGCGCUUUCACCACCCGCAGGCGCCACCAGCAGUGGCGUGGAUCACAACAUUCAAAUAACGCAACCCAUCAGCGCUCCCUCCUCACCACUCGCCUCCCCCGGUGCUCUAAAUAGCAGCAGCAGUGCUACGACCUUCUGCCUGCCAUCCAGCUCAGCUGCUGCCGCCAUUGCUGCAGCUGCUGCCGCCGCCGCUGCUGCAAACACAACUCCAAGCAGCGGCAGUGGGUCCUAUGUUUGCACCGGUGGGAGUAGUGGUACGUUUGCAGCAGUGGGCGCUUCGAAUGCAAUCGACACUGCCGAUCCAAACUGGCAGGCCAGCAAGGCGACUGUGCUGGAGCGCAAUGCGGCCAUGUUCAACAACGAGCUAAUGUCCGACGUCAAGUUUAUUGUAGGUGGCGAGUUCGAUAUCGAAACCGUACAAACCAUUCCCGCGCACAAAUAUAUUCUCGCCACAGGCAGUUCGGUCUUCUAUGCCAUGUUCUAUGGCGGCUUAGCUGAAAACAAACAGGAAAUCAAAGUGCCUGAUGUCGAGCCAACAGCUUUUCUAACACUGUUAAGGUAUCUCUAUUGUGAUGAAAUCAAACUGGAACCUGAACACAUUCUAGCCACUUUGUACGCCGCCAAGAAGUACAUUGUGCCACAUCUAGCGCGUGCCUGUGUUAACUUUUUGGAAGUGCAGCUAACUGCAAAAAACGCCUGUCUACUUCUCAGUCAAUCGCGUCUCUUCGAGGAGCCCGAAUUGAUGCAGCGUUGCUGGGAAGUUAUCGAUGCACAGGCCGAGAUGGCGGUUAAGUCUGAAGACUUUGUGGAUAUUGACCUCAAGACAUUUGAGUCGAUAUUGUCGCGGGAAACUCUCAACUGCAAAGAGAUACAUUUGUUCGAGGCAGCACUUAACUGGGCACUAAACGCUUGCGAAAAAAUGAGCAUCGAUGAUACCCCCCAGAACAAACGACGUCUUCUGGGCCAGGCCCUACACCUGAUCCGCAUACCCACAAUGACGUUGGAAGAGUUUGCUAACGGAGUUGCCCAGACCGGCAUUUUGACGUCGCAGGAGACCAUUGACAUGUUUUUGCACUUUACAGCCAAAAUCAAGCCUAGCCUGAGCUUCCCAACACGCUCGCGUGCCGGUCUCAAAACCCAGGUGUGUCAUCGCUUCCAAUCGUGUGCCUAUCGAUCAAAUCAAUGGCGCUAUCGUGGACGCUGUGACUCCAUACAGUUCUCAGUGGAUCGCAGAAUUUUUAUAGUGGGAUUUGGACUAUACGGCUCUUCGACUGGCGCAGCCAACUACAAUGUGAAAAUUGAACUGAAACGCCUGGGACGGACACUUGCCGAGAACGAUACCAAGUUUUUCUCGGAUGGCUCAAGCAACACCUUUCACGUCUUCUUCGAGAAUCCCAUACAGAUCGAGCCUGAAUGCUACUACACGGCCUCCGUCAUACUCGACGGAAACGAGCUGAGCUUUUUUGGCCAGGAGGGUAUGUCGGAGGUGCUUAUGGGCAACGUUACAUUCCAAUUCCAAUGCUCUUCGGAGAGCACAAACGGUACGGGAGUUCAAGGAGGCCAAAUACCUGAGCUGAUUUUCUACGGACCGACUACAGUAACAGCUUUGAACUCGCCCACAAACUCAAUUUGUGCUACGCCCAUUGGUGGCACAAUAGGGGCAGCAAAUGCUACUGGCGGUACCGGCGCCACCAAUGCCACCAACAAUGCUAAUGCCAGUGAAGAUUUGUUGGUAGCCGCCGCAGGCAGCGACAGCAGCAGCACCUGAUGCGCACAGCUGUACUGCGCCGAGUGGCAGGGCGCCUGUUACUUUCGUCAGCAGCAACAGCACCAGCAACAGACGCAGCAGCAGCAGAAGAGAUCGACCCAACAGCAUGCCCAACAGAAGCAAUCGACACAACAGCAGCCGCAGCAGCAACCACAAACACAAAGAAACUCAUGGGUUUUCAAUACAACGCAACAAAGUAAAUUGGAAUUUUAGGAGAAGCGAUAUUAGCAUUAUGUAGCAGUUAUAAUUAAUGAUAUAGUAGCCAGCUCUAGUUCUCAUAGUAGUCCUCAAUGCCAAUACAUAUAAACAGUGCAUUUAGGCCUGUUGGUACUCAUACAAAUUCAGUGCAUAUGCAUAUACAAAUAAUACAGUAGACUCAAACUUAUACGUUCCACAACUUGAGACGUUGCAGCAGACCAACAGAUAAAGAUAUGAGGGCAACCGGCAUAUAAUCAAUAAGCAAGUGAAAAUCGGGCAAUCAGUCAAGCUAAGGGAUAUAUACACAUAUAUUUUAAAGGAUAUUGAAUGCAAUAAAUACUAGAAAGUUAUAUUAUACGUGACCAGACACAAAAUACAUAUUUUUCGCCACCAUAUAUACACGUUUAAAAACAAAUAUAUAAAUAUAAACGAUAUAACAAACAUUUAUAUACAUAUAUAGCCAAGUUGAAAGUAGCAUACGAAUUUGAAAGCAAAGUUAAACAUAUUAUUAACGGGUUUGAAAAUGCACGGGAACUCGAGCAGUGCUCAAAAUAUGUGCGAUAUUCUCAUUAUAUACUAUACACACUUCGUAUAUGUUCUCAAUUAUCUAAUACGUAGUCAAGUAUAUAGUCGUAACUUUAAUCUUGAGUAUAUCUUCUAACAUACUGUAUACGCCCACUACUGAUAAAAACACGCCCUUUUGCUUUGCACUACUCAUUCCCUCGAGGCUGCUAUGCGCCACAAUACAUUUAUGUUUAAGUAUUUCAUUCUAUGGAAAUUGUACUGAUUUUGCUUUUGGGAUAAAGAUAAACCUGUUUUUAUAUAUACGAGACAAAUGUUAUCCUAUAUUAAACAAUAAUUAUGUAUUUGUCAAUAACCAAUAAACUUUAUUAUUCGA